AUUUUAAGAAUUCUUACUGAAGCACUACGCCAAUUGAAUGGAUUCGUCUUUGAGGGCUUCGAAAAUAUGUUGAAACUUGCUCGUGGUAGCUCCAACUUUUCCGUUUCAAGUAUUGAAUACGAUUGUCCACCAAGACCAAAGAGAGAGGCACAAAAAAGAAAGGGUGUCCGUUUCGACGAUGAGUUACACGUCGUUGAUGUAGAAUCAAAUACAAUGUCUACUUCCACAUUUUUGCGGCAGCAAGGCUUGGCGUGGAAUUCGUUAGCCAGAGCAUUUGGUUGUGAAGAAGAGUUAGGAAAAGAUGAUGCAACUGUGAUGAAUGAAUUAUUGAAUCUAUGCAAUUUUUGGUCUGAGACCGAGCCUAUAUUCAGAGGGCCUAAUGACGAGAGUGAUGACGAAGAUGACAGUGAUGAUGAUCUGGAGUCCUUCGAGCAUCAUAUCGCUAUGUUGGCUUCUUCCAGUAAUCCGAAGUUUUCAGCUACGUGCAGCUCCUCGAGUUCCGGUGUUAGCAGUCUCCGGUUGAACAGUCUCCUUCGCUUAAGUAACCAGUCCUGUCGGUCUUCCGUGAACUCAAGUGAAACACUAAGUUGUUUGUCGAAGUCUCCCUUCUCCUUCAUGACCUCUCCAGUACCCAAAGAGUCUAUACGCACCCAAAUCAGGCCUUCAACUUCAGAGGCGUUGGAAAAAGCCUUCAAAGGAAUAGUGGACGAUGAUAAUGAAGUUAGCCAAGACUCCGUGCUUUCUUCCAAAGCUUCUUCAGAUGAUUUCUGGUCACAAGUAGAGUUUUAA